AUGGGCCAGGUGGGCAACCACAUCGUGAGCGCCUUCUCAACCAUGGCGUUUGUGCUGUCAGGACCUAUCGGUGAGACUCAGACUGUGGGCUACUACAUCGACGAACUCGACUUUGAUUUUCGAGCCUGUCUUCACCCGCAGCUGGUGCGUGAGAGACGAAACCGCCAAGAAGACGGUCAAGUUUGUCGAAGAGGCGCGUCUGUCCACGGGCCAGUUUUUGGUCCGGUCGACAACUAUCAGUGUCAGGAUAAGCAUGCUCGAGCGCCAAAGAUCCUCGCUACUUGUGCCCGGUAUCUCGCCCAUGCUGAGAAGUUGAUGAAACCUACUGAUAAUCUGGCCGCCCCUCGCAUUCUGAAUCCGGCUCCAUCGACUACUUCCGCCACGCAAGUUGCGUAUCGCGUAGUCAUCAAACAGCAAGAGGGAAGCCAAGCUAUUAUCAAGACCCUAUGGACCGAAUGGAAUGACACUGCUGGCUUCAGCGGUCAGCCGCAGCUGCUAAUUAGCAAUGGGACUGCACCUGCGGAUGCCAGAUGCCACAUCUACCGACUGAAUCUGAACAAGGGCGAUGACAAUGUCCGGCUCUCGGACGAGAUCGCUGGAGACCUCGUCGAGACAAUUCACUGCUUGGUUUUGAGGAUCUGGUCGGACAAGAACAUGCUGUCGGCCAAACUGUAG